CUCAACAACUCGUAAACGUUGUGAAUCUGUUCCAAUCAUGCGUUAAUCGAUAACUGCAAAACGUGUUUGAAUUUUUUGAACAAUUUUAAUCUCGUAAAACAAACUUUGGACGGUAAUGAGACAGUGUAUUACACGAAGAAUCAUGAAUAAUAGAUAAUACUGGAAGAGAUUUUAAAUGUUAUAUCGUCGCAUAAUUUGAAACCAUAAUGUGUCUAAUUGAAAACAUGGGAUUACCGUUCGAAAUUGCUCAGUGCCUUCAUGAUUAAAAGUUGCUUGGCGGCCAAAUUCCGGUUGUGUAAAAUAUUUUCCUGCAGACUAUCACUACAGAAAGUUCUCAUUACAUUUGAUCGCUUCAUACUUGGCAUUUAAAUGGGAAACACGAAAUUCGUUUAGUUUACUACCCGAUUUCUUUAUAUUUGGAAGAUUGGUUCUCAGACUUCACUUUUAGUUUUUUUCGUUCUAUGUAUCCUGAUACGUUUUUUUUUAUCCUCGGGACAUCUCGAUGCUUAAUUCAUAUUAAUCAUUAAUUACACAUUUUAAAUGACAGAUGCUUAUCAUUUGGGGAUUUCAAUCAACAAUCAUGGAAAUAUUGUUACUUAUUAUUUAUUUUGAGGAUUGAGGGAAACUGGUUUUUGCACCGGAAAAUACACAACUUUGUUCGUUAUAGCGGGGAACGUACACUUAAAAGCUACGUUUUAAAUUGAGUAGAUUCUUUUUCGAAAAUGUUAUCAUACAAACAAGCUAUGGUAUCCACACAGUAAUCAUGGAAUCUUGAAACAUCAGAUUGUAAACGUUCUGAGCGUAAGAAGUACCUUUUCAUCACGUAUCGGCCCCUUGUUCGUAGUUAUUUGGUAAACUGCGUAUUACGAUUUUCCUGGAUUCAACUUUUUGAUGGUUAAAGACCGACUGCCUGAGCUAGAAGCUCGUAUAAAGGUCAGAAAUGAUAAAAAUGCCAGGAAAAAGGCUGAGUUUGACUUUUCUCAACUACAUGCUGCUGUUUUCGAUCAGGUCAAUGAACUUCACUCUGAUAUUGAUAAUUUACGGCAAGAUAUUAAUGCAGUUGACAGGCUACAAAAAGACAUACUGGCUACACCUCAACAAGAUCCAAAACUGGAUAGUCAGCUUAGUGAGCUCACUAAUUCCAUCCGAGAGAGGGCUCAUAAAAUUCGGAGUUCCUUGAAAGAAUUAGGGCAACAGGAAGAUGAUAAACUUCUGUCAGGAUUAUCUGGUAAAUGUCGUCUAAAGUCAUCUCAGCAUGCUGCUAUUUCUCGACAAUUCGUUCACAUUAUGAACAAUUAUAGUCAACUACAAGUAGAUUAUCGUGACAAGUGUAAGGCUCGAAUUCGAACUAAGCUCCGUAUCGCUGAAGUCUCAUUUUCGGAAGAUGAGGUUGAAAAGAUGUUAGAAAAAAACCAUACGGGUAUUUUUACACAGGCUAUUAUGGCUGAAACAGAAGCUGCGAAGCGAUCAUUAUCGGAUAUCGAAGCUCGUCAUGCAGACAUUAUACGGCUCGAAAAAAGUAUCCAGGAGAUGAAAGAGUUAUUCUUCAAUGUCGCUCUUCUAGUUGACCAACAGGGUGAUUUAGUCGACCAGGUUGAAUACAAUUUGAACAAGGCAUCUGACUGUGUUGUAAAUUCAAAGCGUACCCUUUCAUCAGCCGUAAUCAGAAAUAAGAAAAAUCGUCGCUGCAAAAUAAUCUGUAUUAUAUUGGUUGUUGUUAUCUCCAUAUUGAUCCUGAUCUCAUUAGCUUCCGCAAUCGGUUUAACACGAUGAUCAACAGUUUAUUUAAUGUAUAAGGAUGAAGUUUGAAAACAACGAAUUUCAGUUUACCAAAUUUUAUCGUUAUACUCUCAAUUCGAAUCAGUUGAGGAUUAAUUACAAUUAUAAUACACAUGAUGCAUGCGUAUACAAACACAUCUCAUUUAUUCCUAUCUUGUUUAUUGUGUACAGAAAAGAUUGGAAAAUGAUGCGCCAGACCAAUCGUUCUUUUAAUUUUUACUCAUUUAAGAUACUUGCUUUUUUGUACACAAUCAAUUACGAUAAUCGCAUUGAUUAUCACAAUAAAUACUUUUAUCAUUAUCAUUUUUAUUGUAGCUAUCUUUUAUGUUCCUAAUUACUUAAUUUUUCAAGCGUAUCAAUAAAAAAUAUAUAUAUUCCCGCCAAAUCCUUAUUGACUGCUCGUUUUGCGCGAGGUAAUUUUUUUUUAUCUUAUGUUCUGUAGUGUAUCAGUAGAAAGUUGUUUUCCAGACAGUAUAUGACUAAAGUAUUUUCUACUAAUCAGUUGAUAGAUCCUGUUUACCUUUUAA